CGGGAGCAGAGGGAGGACACGGGGAGGCGGCUGCUGCUGCUGGGCAGAGAGGAGUCGUGCCGGAGCAGCGAGUGUACUCGGACGCCACAUUCAUUCCCUCUUGGCGGGGCUGGUGGUGAGGAUGAGCGAGAGCUGACCCUGCCGCGCCGCCGCCCGUGCUGUGAAGUGUCUGCUCCUCCUCCUCCUCCUCUUCCUCCUCCUCCCCGGCUGUGGGUGAACCUGCGCUACGGGCUCUUCACCGACACGGGGGAGGCUGGUUUGUUUUGUGCAUUUGUUUAAGGCAAAGAGAGAGAGAGGUCUUCCACCCGCUGAAGCACAGUUCACUAUGAUCGUACUCGCAUCCAGCACUGGAAGCCGGUUGGAUUUCGUUUCUCAAUCCAGGGUGUUUUUCUUGCAAACCUUCAUUUGGAUUUUAUGUGCUACAGUGUGCAAAGCGGAGCAGUAUUUCAAUGUGGAGGUAUGGUUACAAAAGUAUGGCUACCUUCCACCAACUGACCCCCGAAUGUCGGUGUUGCGCUCUGCAGAAACCAUGCAAUCAGCUAUAGCUGCCAUGCAGCAGUUCUAUGGCAUUAAUAUGACAGGAAAAGUGGACAGGAACACAAUUGACUGGAUGAAGAAGCCUCGAUGUGGUGUGCCUGACCAAACAAGAGGUAGCUCCAAAUUUAACAUUCGUCGGAAACGCUACGCGUUAACAGGACAGAAAUGGCAACACAAACAUAUCACUUACAGCAUAAAGAACGUCACUCCAAAAGUAGGUGAUGCUGAAACUCGUAAAGCCAUUCGCCGUGCCUUCGAUGUGUGGCAGAAUGUAACUCCUCUAACAUUUGAAGAAGUUCCUUACAUUGAAUUAGAAAAUGGCAAGAGAGAUGUGGAUAUUACAAUCAUUUUUGCAUCAGGUUUUCAUGGAGACAGUUCUCCCUUUGAUGGGGAGGGAGGAUUUUUAGCUCAUGCAUAUUUCCCUGGCCCAGGAAUUGGGGGAGACACUCAUUUUGACUCAGAUGAGCCAUGGACUUUGGGAAAUCCCAAUCAUGAUGGAAACGAUCUCUUUCUAGUUGCAGUGCAUGAACUCGGACAUGCUCUGGGCUUGGAGCACUCUAAUGAUCCCACUGCAAUCAUGGCUCCAUUUUACCAAUAUAUGGAAACUGACAACUUCAAACUACCUAAUGAUGAUUUACAGGGCAUCCAGAAGAUAUACGGUCCACCUGACAGGAUACCUCCACCAACAAGACCUCUGCCCACAGUGCCCCCACAUCGUUCAGUCCCUCCAGCAGACCCACGGAAGAAUGACAGGCAACCUAAACCUCCCCGGCCGCCCACGGGUGACAAACCUUCCUAUCCCGGAGCCAAGCCUAACAUCUGUGAUGGGAACUUCAACACUCUGGCUAUUCUUCGCCGGGAAAUGUUUGUUUUUAAGGAUCAGUGGUUUUGGCGAGUCAGGAACAACAGGGUGAUGGAUGGAUACCCCAUGCAGAUUACCUACUUCUGGAGGGGACUGCCUCCCAGCAUUGAUGCAGUUUACGAAAACAGUGAGGGGAACUUUGUCUUCUUUAAAGGUAACAAGUUCUGGGUUUUCAAGGACACUACUCUCCAGCCCGGUUAUCCUCAUGAUUUGAUAACACUUGGAAGUGGAAUUCCUUCCCACGGCAUUGAUUCAGCAAUUUGGUGGGAAGAUGUUGGAAAAACCUACUUCUUCAAAGGAGAUAGGUACUGGAGGUACAGUGAAGAAAUGAGAUCCAUGGAUCCUGGUUAUCCCAAACCAAUCACAAUUUGGAAAGGUAUCCCAGAAUCUCCUCAGGGAGCCUUUGUCCACAAAGAAAAUGGCUUCACAUAUUUCUACAAAGGAAAAGAGUACUGGAAAUUCAAUAACCAGAUGCUCAGGGUGGAACCUGGCUAUCCCAGAUCCAUCCUCAAGGAUUUUAUGGGUUGUGAUGGACCAACAGACCGAGAUAAAGACCGACACAGCCCUCAAGAUGAUGUUGACAUUGUCAUCAAACUGGACAACACAGCCAGCACUGUGAAAGCCAUAGCCAUCGUCAUUCCUUGCAUCCUGGCCUUGUGCCUCCUUGUCUUGGUUUACACUGUGUUCCAGUUCAAAAGGAAAGGAACACCCCGCCACAUACUGUACUGCAAACGCUCUAUGCAAGAGUGGGUGUGAUGUAGGGUUUUGUUAUUUUCUCUUUCCCUCCCAGGAGUUUGUGGUAACUUGAGAUUCAACACAAGAGCUGUUAUGCAGUUUCCUAGCUAGGAGCAGGCAUCUGUCAGUCUGAAACAAAGCUGAUCUUUAAAACCCAGGGGGUUGCCUGUCCUGCGCAUGAGUGGCGAUUCGCUCAGCUGGGAAGCUUCCAUGAUACACAGUAUCUGCUGUUUCUUCAGUCCUUUGUCUUUCUUUGUCAUUCAAUUCUAGGCCUUCCCUCUGCACGCUCAAUGCCCUAUAAACGAUCAGGAUUAACUAACAAAGAGGAAUAAAAAUAUCUCCAAUGUUUCUACAUUUUUCCCUUAAGGCCUGUUCCCCUUCGAAGAAUUUUUUGCUGAAAGUAAAUUUUUGUAGAGAAACACAACAACCAACAAUGGAACUUUCAGGAAAGUGAGAAGACCCAAAACAGCUUUGUCUCCAAAGAGGAUUGCUUUCUGUCUGCUACGGAUAAAGUCCUAUACUCCUACUUCCAGUUUUGUCAGGUGGGAGACUCGGAUGACACGCAGGACUUCAGACUGUUUGGACAGCCAUUUUCCAACAAACAAGGGGCCAAAAUAUCUGCAAUAUAGUAACAGCCUUAAUACAUUCAUUUUGUGUUUUUUACAGCUGCUCUGGGCUAUGUCCUCAAUGUUUUAAACUCAUAUUCAAUACUAUAUUCAAGCAGAACCUUUUUAUUGGUUGGUUUGAUUUCUGGUUGGUUUUCCUACAUUAUCUUUCCCAAGCUGUACCAAGCCAACUACCCCAGGCCUUUUAUAGGUCUGUCAGGAGCACUCAUUCCAAAGAAUGGUAAAAAGCAGUGUGUCUCUGAAGUGGAUUUCAAUGAACUAAAACAACAGACGUGCUAAUAAGAGACUUGACACUGGUAUUAUAUCGGUGGUGUAACCCUUUGAGAACUAUUGCAUCCAGUUUUCAGAGUCUGGUGGAUGUUAAUCUUGGUCAUCAUUAAAUUAUAGAAUUGUGUUUGGGUAAUACAGGUUUCAAAAGAAAAUCAGAUUUCUUGUGACUACAUUUUAAAUUAUUUGCAUUAUUGAUAGAAAAGCAUUUGUAACAUGAAUAGAAAACAAAAUAUAUUUACCAGCUACUUUCUUGUUAAACGAACCAAACAUAUUUUAAUAAUUUCUACCACUUACCAAGAAUUUUUCUGAACUGUCAACAAUUUUAUAGCUUAGCCUCUUAUCUUAAACAUCUUGGAUUUCUCUCUUGAGACUGUGUUGCAUGACAAUUCUAUUUGCCUCUGCAGAGGCAGAGUUACAGUUUUAAAAGAAAGCUAAGAAGAUGACUCUGAUAGUGCAUGAGUAUCCUAUGGUGUGUUUACCCCUUUGCAUGUUCAUAAUAGUUCUCAAAGGGUUAAAAUUUCUGGCCUUCAGUCGAACAUGGUAUGAACUGACAGAGCCAAGGAACCACCAAAACAUUUUGUCAUUCUGUGUAAUUUGUGCUAACAGCAGUAUUGUCAUUUUCAUGUGACCUGCAGAGCAGGUUUGUAUCAAUAAUUUUUUCCUAGAGAAAAGUCAGCAACUGACAGACCUCUUUAUUGAUUUUAGGAGCUGCUUCUUGCAGUGAUAGGCUUUACAGUCACUGGGCUGUGAACUUAUUAAAGAUGGUCAGAAUGAUGCACCCCAAAAGUCAGACACCUGGUUUUUUAUGAAAGCCAGGUUUUGAGGGGAGUAGCUUUUGCAACAAUGAACAGCUUGCCUUGAACUUGAUUAUUGACCUGUUGACUGUCAUUACCAAGUUAAACAUUGUCUUCUGUGAACAGCUUCACUGUCUGAAUUUCCUUAAAGUGUACUGUCCUAUGUCUUUGACCUUUAACUUGCAAACUGGCACAAACUGAAGGGAAUCUGGUGUUGCAAAUGAACUUAGAUGAGUUUUAUAUCUUGAAAGGCCUGAUAGACAUGAUCCAAAAUUUGAGGAAAAAAAUUGAAGUGUUUUAGUAGGAGAGAAAUGACAUAGACUAAAAUAUUUAUGAUAGGUCUGUAGAAGGGUAUUUUGCUAUGUAUACAUGCACACUCUAAAAAUGAAUUACAGCAGAAGUUGAUUUUUAUUUAACUUGAAUACAAUUUUCAGUAUAAAAUUUUUAUUUCUACAAAUAUCUAGUUAUUAAUGAAAAGGUUAUAGGAAAGUAUUAAAAUACUUGAAAUGGCCAGUAUGGGCUUUUACAUGAAAUGAGACUUUUAUACUACAUUCAACCAAUUUCUUACUGGUUUCUUAAUCCACAUAACUGGAUCACUUUUUAGAGAGUGUAGGUAUAUAUGCAUAUAUAUUAUGAUUAUUAUUGUUUUGGUAAUGGAUAGCUUGACUGCCUUGAAUUUAUAUUUAUAUUGAGCAUAGCAUGAAAAAUAGUAUGCCUUUUUUUCAAUUACAUGAUUUUAUAUUGAUUUGAGAACUUAUGAACAUAUGUGGCAUGCUAUAAAGCAUUGCAAACUUAUUUCUUAGAGCAUAAACAGAUAUACAUAUGUAUGGAUAACAAAAAUGAAGAUUAGAAAAAAGAUAUAGUUUUACAACAAAUAUGCAAUGCAGAUGGCAUUUUGGAGAUGUUUUGUAGAAGUACAGCAUACUGUAGGGUUAGAAGCUCACCAGUAUCAGCCCAUAGCAUUAUUUAGUAAAUCCAAGUCAGUUGUUGCUGAAAAUGUAGAUUUAUUGACAAUUUAGUUGCACAGGAUUUUUGCUGCAGAUCAGCUCAUUUGGUGAAUUUGAUAUUCUGUGUUGUUUGUCAUAUGUAUUAAGAUGUGUGUUUGUAUACUUACAAAAGCACACAAACACACACAUACAUAGACAUGCAUAUUUUAAUUCAUUGAGAAAUUUUUAUUAUCAACAAACUACUUAACUUAUAUUCUGCUAUAAACAGAACAAAAUUAUUGGUUUUGCUGUUCCAAAUUUUUUCCCUUGGAUAGUUGGAGGAAAAUAAUAAGAGAACUACUUAAUCUGUAUUUGCUUUCCCUCUACAGUAGGGGAUUAUUUUUUUUUUUCAGUCAGAACAGCAUCUCAUGAGGUUUUUUUAUUCACUUGAAAAUUUCAUUUCAGUUUUGAAAUAUCUUUCAUGGCAGCUUUAACUUUUUCUGCAACCAUUUCCCUGACAGUAAUGAAGUGCUGAGCAUGUUGACUGUUGUUCUUUGAUAAGGUAACAAAAAUAUUUGUGUUUGGAGAAUUUAACUGUAAUUAUGCAGGAAGGUAAGUGUGAUAAUUCUAGUGCUUGGUAUAUUGUACAUGGUAGUUACAUGAAUACAUGAUAAGUUGAUUGUUUAAUCUAUUUUCUUUUACUUAAAAGUACAUAUGUGCUAUAUACAGAGAGAGGGACAAAAAAAAUUAUAUUGGCAUGUUUAUGUCAUGCAAAGCAAGAUUGUGUCAACAUUUCUGUUACAUUCUCAUGUUUUCAGUAGGUUGCAACGCAGUCAUAAAGGUUUGCUUUAAGUAAAAGAUGUAGGAGCAUUUGUGUUCACUGUAAUUUCCAAAUACAUAUUGGCUAGUUUCAAAUUACAGAAUUUCAGAGUAAAUUAGUGAUGUUGCCUGGUCUAAUUUUGAACUCAAAUUAGUAAAAGUUCUAAGACAAUUUUUGGUUUUUUGAAUAGUUGUUUCUCUACAAGGGCCUAUAACAAUUUUAAUUAAGUAAAAGCAAAUUGAAAAUAUUUUCAGGUCUGCAAUCUGGGUUCCUGCUCAUGUGCCGUGACUUUUUUAAUAAACAUUUCCAUAUUGCUAUUGUCAUGAUCUGUAUUUUGGAACAAUACAAAACUGAAUAGUGUUGUGUUAAUCAGCUCCAGUCUAUCAAGCUGACUACACAAGGUCAUGUAUCUUCAGAGUACUAUGGUCCGUACGAUAGUAUGCAGAGGGCCAGAGCAGAUUCUAGUGGUGUUUCCUUUGGCCUUUCAAUAUCUAAACCUAUGAAAAGGUUAUUGACUGUAGAAAAAAAAUAAUUUUUAUCAAAAAAAAAUUAAAAAUAUGUAACUGUAUAUUUACUGGAUAGGCUGGGAUGGAGAGACUCAAAUGGCUCCAAAGGAGCCCUUUCAAGUCUCCUGAAUAAAUGUAAUACAUAUUUUAUAUAUUCCUAUGAACUUUUGUUCUUUUUCUUCUUUCAAAAUGGGAAAAGGGAGGGGAUAAUUAAAGAAAAAGAUUUUUUAAGGCUAAUUUUUUGAAUUAAAAUAACAUAAGCUAAUAGAUCCAAACAUAAGGGGCAGACUUACACUUUUUCCUAGAAGCAUACUUCACAUCCCCAGUUGCUUGAUCAAGACUCCUGUGCCAUUAGGACUGUGGGUUAAGAACGGAGUGUAAGGCUUAAUGUUUGAAUUUUGAACUUUUAUGGGGGUUCUUACUUUACAAUCUAAAUGUCAGUUAAAUGUAGCUUUUGGUACCAAAUUAUAUAGAAUCUAAUUCUAGCUUGUUGGUUAGAAAAAAGUGCAUAGUCUAGGAAGUUGGUCUGCCUAUUAGCAAUGGAAGUACUACAUUCCAUUUUUAUUUUUUUUUGUGUUUGUACCUUUGUUAGGACAAAUCGUAAAACACACACAUAGUAAACUGAACAGUGAAUGUUCCAGGCACUGGGUUUUUAACGAAGUAGAAAUGCAAGCUAACACACCAUUAGCAGCCUACUUUGGAAAGAACAUGAGAUGACUGGGUGGAGGAGCAAGGUAUGACUGCAGGGGCUUGCCCCGUCCUGGCUCCCAUAUUUCCUUACAACAUAGCUGAAGUUUCACCACCUAUUGCAGAGCUGAAGGAAGCCAUGCACUAUAGCUGUGGGAGACGUGAAGCAGCCUUUACAGAACAGUACCUCCUGGUUUGCCUUUUGCUGUUGUCAAGACUGUCUCUGGACACCUGUUUCCAGAAGUAUAAAUAGAUGACUGCAGGUGUAUGAGCUAUAAGGGAAAUCAUUACUCUCAGCUGAGGAAACAAAUGUCAGUGGCCACUUUGGUGUCCAGCUAUGCUGUAAGGAACAGAUAACCUGUUAUUGAAUACAAUGGUAUACUUGUGAUACUCCAGCACUGUAAUGUUAGGCAUACUUCCUUAGCUCCCACUACACAGACUGCAGACGAACAGAGUGGUUCUCAUGAGAUAAGACCAUUUAAACAUAUGUCAGUUACAAAAUUGGGUGUAAAUGAACCAUGUGCUCAUAAAAUUAAUCUCUGAUAUAUGCAUGUAAUUAAAUGGAUUGUCUGCCACUAGUCUCAUGAAAAAUAUAUUAUGUGUGAGUCAAAUCUGUCUAACCCAUUCUUGUGGUUUGCCAUCUGAGAUGUUAGAGGCUGAUGGAGAAAGACAUUGUCAUCAGUGCCAUCAAUGCUGAAAAUAUCUGGUAAACAUCAAAAGCAUACCAUCACUUGUUGCAAACUGGCUCCAUUUGAGGCCUGAUCUAAGGUAGCCUCUAAUAUUAAGCAGCAUAGAUUUUUUUUAUGAUAUGGAAUUAUUUGAUAUAUGUAUGUAUAUAAGUAGGAAUUCCCAAUAAUAAUCAGAAGAUCAUAUUUUGAGGGAUCAUCAGUGUGUGAGCACAGCAAGCAUCUGUUCCUCAAAUCAAAAUGUAUUUCAAGGAAGGAUGUAGACAGCAUUGAAUGCAUGCAUUAUAAACAGGCCUUCUUUCCCAGUAUGCAAACGUUUUAGCAUAUAAUCUAAAAAUUAUGGUCAGUUAAUUAACGUUUGGAAUUGCAGCUGCCCAUUUUGUCUUCAAUAGAUGUCAUUCUUUGAGUGGUGUCCAUAAAGCAUGUUGGCUUUGCAGAGAUGUCCUUAAGUAUUGCUCUGGUCUACCAACAGAAUAGAUGAAAUAAAUUUUAGAUGCAGAGAAGAUGUAAAUGAAGAAAGGCUGAUGUAAACUAACAUGCUAGACAGUUUUCUGUACUUGGAUGUGUAUGCAGCAUAGUGCUACUUGCUGUCACAGUAAUACUUCACAAACAAUAAUCAUUACACAUGCCAGCCACUUAUGAUGGCAUGUAGCUUUGCAGUCACACAGCUUAGUUUCUUCUGCUUCUAUAGAGUACCAUUGUCCACUGAUUAUUAUUAGUAUUAUACCCACUACAUAUACCAAGGUUUUCUGUUUAAUAGUAAUUUCUACCAUAUGAAAUUGAAUCAUGUCCUUUUUAUAACUAUAACCUUAAUCUUCUUGGAGAGGCAUAUCUUAAUUCAUAGCCUUUCAUGACUUUUUUUUUUUCCCUUUCAUUCUUGCAGUAAAAUAUAUACUGAAUAUUGUCUCCAUCCUUAGGAAUAAUCCUGUUCAUUCUGUGUCAUGAAUGUGUCUUGGAUAACCCAUUUACUAAUCCAUCAUUCCAGCCACUGGCUUUCUGGGAACUGGGAUUAGUAACAGAAUGCUGACAUAAAAUAACUUCCUUAAGUACCUGCUUAGUCCUUAACAAUAUGACAAUGGAUUUUGAAGAGUUUUUAGUGAAGUAUUGUGUUACUUACAUACUGGCAACAGAACAGCAUAACUGCCAAUCAGUGAAUGUCCACUUGCACGGUUCUGUGAUGAGUUCUAAAAUAAGGUUUCUAAUUCAUAUUUCCAUCCUGAUGUAUUGGUAUUUAACACCCAGUUUACAUACACAUUCAUAGCUUACAUGGCUGGGCAUAAAUUCAUUUGCCUUGUUGAAGCCAAAAGUACUUAGUGUCAGCAGGUAAUUGUGUUAAUAGAGUAUAAAAAAUUUAUUCCCAUACUAUCAUUUUGCAACCUUAAAGAAGAGAAAAUAGGUUUUACUAUAGUAUUACUUUUUCCAUCACUUUCCAAAAUGGUGGUUUCUAACACUCUUUGUCAGUGUUUAAAAUUAGAUUAUAUUAAAUAGAUCUCAAAAGUACUGGUUUACAACUGAUAACUGUGCAAGUAGAUGCACAGCCUCAUAUUUGGGCAUACAGUGAUUCUAAAGAGAGAAGAACGUACUGUUUAUGCUUUGCUUGGCCAUUGACACAAAAUAGCCAGUGCUCACACACUGGUCACCUUCAUAUCUUAUGGGAAUGCUGUGUUGAAGUCAACUCCGAGCAGUUUGUCUUGGAUUUAAGCAGCUUGGAUUUAAAUAGAAAUAUGUAGUUUAGGAAAUUAUACAUGUGAUGGCAUGCAUUGAGAAGACAUCAUCAGCAACAUACAGCACUGUUUUAAAUGACCAUGACAACUACAAUUCAUACCUGCAAGGCAUAGCUGCAGCUUAUAGGUACAUGGUUGUGUUUUACCUCAUAUGAUAAUGUGCUAUGAAUUCUGGCCAUGCAUUACCAGGCAGAUGAAAACAAUCAAAAAGACCUUUCAGAAAAGCCAUUGUCAAUACUCACAACUUACAGAAAUAACUGACAUUGUUAGUCCAACAAAAUUUAACCUUAAAAAGGAAUCCAGCAUUGAAGGAAUGUGUCAUGAUGAAAAUACUCUAUUCCCAGCUCUUACUCUACAUAAUCAAAUAGUUAAAGCAUUCUCAAGUAUAUAUAUAUGUAUGUGUGUAUAUGUAUAUGUAUAUGUAUAUGUAUAUGUAUAUGUAUAUGUAUAUGUAUAUGUAUAUGUAUAUGUAUAUACACACACACAUAAUGUCUCUUUACUGUGUGUCCAAAAGAUAUGGAUAUCACUUGUCAAAUCACAGUAUUGUCUUACUGUGUCUGGUUGAAAAUCAUUCUACAGGAUAGAUUAAGGUUCAUGAUCCUCCCUUUUCACCAUCUAACACAUGCUACCACCUUCAGAGGAAUGUGUACUGAUAGCAGUGCUGGGAUCACAGUGAUGACAAAUACAGUUUUAAAUUAACACCCUGUUAAAGUCUUUCUCAGAGGAAACUUAAACUAGUCAUGAACUUUCUUACCACAACUUCUAGGACCCACAGGAAAGCCAACUAGGUCCUUUGGUCAAAGCCUACAGACAGACACAAGAAAAGUAGCAUAAGAACAAUUCUAUUUUUGAUUAUCAAAAGAAAAUAGGAAAAAGAAUGAAAACAUUUUGACUUAUAAGUGCAAGUACAACACCAAUUUAUCAAAAGAGAUGGAAACAAGAAUCACUAAUACCACUAAAAUUUCAUGUAAUCAACAGUAAAAGAGAUAUUACCAAGAACUUGUUGAUAGCUUGGAAAGUAUUAUUGGCCUCCAACAACAAAGAUAUGUGUUAGGCUUUAGAAAGUCCACUGAAUUCUGUAUUUGGAGUCAUAACCCACCAGAUAGCAGUCAGUCAAAAAUCUCCUCAAUAUAGUUGCUCUAAACCUGACUGCAAAUAUAUAUAGUAAUAUAGAGCACAUUAUUUAUCUCACAAUCAAAAUCUUUUGAGAUAGAUUUAGCCAAACUAAUAUUAACCUGAAUCUCUGUGCAAAAACUGGUCACAGUGAAAUGUCCUUCUGUUUGUUCUCAAAAAUUAGAUGAUUUGGAGAACUCCACUGGAUAAAUUACUGAAGGACAAGGAAGUUUUUAACCUCUACUAGUCUAUAUUACAGCCAUGUAUCUUUAUUUCCAUGAUAGUCCUGAAGUAUUUGAUAUGACAGAAAUACUUUUAUGGCCAUUGGAUGGAUCAUCUGUUUCUAUUUCUACAUGUAAAUUGAUAAAUACAGUCAAACUUCUGAUUCCACUCCAUACCCUUUUCUCACUGCACCUUGACAUGUUUCCUUAGUAAUUAAGGCAAUAUUUAAUUUUAUAUUUUCUUGAUAGGCAAGUGAGAAAUGAUCUGUUCAUUAUACAAAAAGCAAAAACAAUUUUGUUGUCUAUCUCAUUUAAGCAUGUACAACUUUUUACACUUUGUCUCUAGGAAUUGCAGGUUUUUGUGUCUACAAUGAAGACACGUUGUAGACACAAAAAAAUCUUCUUCUCAAAUCUCCUGCAAAUAUUUGAGGAACUUGAUGUAUAUCUUUCCCUGAAUCUUGUUCAUUGUCCAGUACUACAACACUGAGCUAUAAUUUACAGCAGAUUAUUGAAGCCUUUGCCUUCCACUGACAUUGCCAUCCUUUAGUCUUUUAUGAAAAAGGCAUGGUGCAGCCAGGGCUGAUCAUCAUGGAUUCUUUAUUUGCAUCUUGGAACUACUUGACUUAUCAAAUGUACGAUAGUGUAACAGCAGAGACCUACCUUUUGUUGCCAUUUUUACCAGACAUUGCAUACUAUUUGUAUGUAUGGCUUAUGACAUCUCUGAAAAGUGAGCAGACUAGAAAACUGCAUUUCAACAGUGUUCUUUUCAGUGGUUCCAGUUCUCAUCUUUAACCUGUUCUCUUUCUCCUUUGCAUUCUGGUGCCUAUAAUCUGUGUCAUGGAUAUUCAGACAAGGAUUUUAUGGCUGGAGUCCUUCCUCUAAUAUGAGGCAGUUCAUACACAUACAUGAAUUAUAUCAAUUACCAUACUGCUGUAGCAUAAUAGGCUAGCACUGUUGCUUUGCUAUUAUGCACUGUUUUCCAGUUGAUCCUAAUUUUUUGGUAUCACAUAUAAAAAACCCUCUGUCAUCCGCUACUGAAGUCUUAAUUCAUUGCCCAGUUCAGACACAGCUCGCAGAGAAAGGUUGUUUGACUUCUGACGUUUGCUUUAUGUUAUUGGUGUUCCUAUAUGAUCAGAAACUGUUUGAGGGAUGCAGAGUCUUCUCCUUGCCAGUCCUGUGGUAGUAUUGUUAGCAGUUAAAGCGUGUGCAGCUAGUUUUGUCAGUCUGUAGUCAACUAGACUUUGAUAUGGAUAUAUACAAGAAGGGUACAUCGUUUUCCAAGCUUCAUACACAUCCUCGUUUCUCUUUAUUUAUAACGUGCACUGUACAUUCUCUCCAGGUGCUGUAUUCUUGAAUCUAUCAGAACUUGAUUUCUCCUCAGUUCUGCUUGUUGAGUGUUAUUUUAGCAGCUGAUUCCAUUUUCUAUUGUUGACAUUCCUUCAUCCCUGUAAUUCCAACAGAAAUUGUUCUGGUUCCAAUAUGUUAGCUAGAAGCUACUAAAAUUCUGGUUCUGCCCACCCAGUGAUUUGUUUAUUUAUCCUCCAUGUCUGAAAAAGAGGAAAUCAACCUUUCAUGCAGAGACAAGGGUGUUUGUGCAGUUGAUAGGAUAGCUCUGAAAGUGGUUUUAUGCAUAACAUGACCCUAAAACUCAUAUUGUUAAACAUAAAUCUUCAAGCUAUUUAGCUUCAACAACACAACAGUUGUUCAUUUUUCAAAGCCUGACAAAUAAGUCAGAAUAUGGAUGUGAUGAUUUCUCUUGUGUGAAACAAAUUUCUCAUUUUUAUUCCCUUUUCUCUGCAUAGCUCCAUAUUCAUUUCAUGCCCAUGUUCCGCUUAUUAGGAUGUGUGUUAGUAUCAAAAUAACUGGAGCAUUUAUUUGCUUUCUGCAACUGAAUUUAAUUUUAUUAUUGUUAUUUUAUUUUAUUUUAUUGGCUCACACAGCAUUCUAUACAGUAACCUUUUUAUAACUGACAUAUGUUAUUCCUUCAGGUAGCUUCUACUGACAAACACAAAGCUUGUUUGUGUGCAAAUGCAAGGCUGACUAAAUGGUGCUAAAGUGUAUUAUGACUGUCAGAUAUAAUCAGGCAAAAUUUUGUGGUGCUUAGACUGAUUUUUUUCAUUGAUUUUAUUGAUCAAUGCAUUGAACAGUGUUUUAUUAUACACAAGUAGUCUUUUGUUAGUAAAUCAAGACCUCAUAGUGCAUUGUUAAACUAAAUGGGUUAAUUAAUCUCUGUAACAGCUCACCAAGCUAAUCUCUUUAACUCCUUAUACUGUUGUGUCAUUAAAGGUCAAGGGGUCAUGAUAAUAAUCUCAUUGCUGUAGACCAUUAACAUGACUGAACAUUUUCAACAAAUACUUAUGUUUACAAUGCUAUAACCCUUUGACUGCUGCGGCAACCUUUAACCAUGGAACGUCACACGCUAGAAUCAUCAUUGUGGUUCUUGCCAUGGCAAUCAAAGAGUUAAGGGCUGUGCAGUGAUUUGUUUUAUAUUUAUUAAUUUAUAUUUAUUUUUCGUUUUCAUUUGAGAAGGGGGGAAUUGGGGUGGGGCAGUUCUUGUCUGCUGUAAGUGUCUUAACCAAGGGAAGGGUUAAAAUGGCUUUUUAUACUAUUGCAUCUUAUGUACUUACCAUCGUUUCAUUGUGUUGUAAUUAAAAAAAAAAAAUCUGUCAAUAAAUAAGAGAACAGCAAAAAAUUUUCACAAA